GGUAAAACUGAAAAGUUUGGUUACGUGCACGUUAUCUGUUUGAAGUAAAUUGUCGGUAAACUGUCAAUAAAUUGUUGUAGCGAAUAAAAGUCUGUUUCUUUUCUCGUGGACACAUUGCGAUUAUUAUUUUGUGCAUGGAGGGUUUGAAAUGUCUCAGCACGGUGCUGCUUUACAGGCGUAUAAUCAAGAACUCGUCAAGUGCUUAGAAGAAAUGAAAUCGAACCGUAUGGAAUUGCAAGCACAAAUUGAAUCGCAAGAGGAAGAGAAAAAUAAUUUGCAAAGAGAAAUAGAAUCAUUGUCUUAUAAAUUAACGCGCUUAAACGAUAGUUUAACUAAAAAGAUAGCUGUUAGAAAUGAAUACGAUAGAACUAUUUCAGAUACAGAAACAGCAUAUAUAAAGAUCUUGGAGAGUUCGCAGCUUUUACUGAAUAUGAUUAAAAGGGAAGCUUCCAAUCUAGAUCAAUCGUUAGUGAAAGCAAAUAUGGAGAAACAACAAUAUCGACUUUAAUAUGAAUUUAAGAAAUAUAAUUAUUAAAGCCUUACAUAUGAUUAUAGGGAUAAGACCAGUAACGCCAGUUUCAUGAGUACAAAAUUGUAAAUAUUUUACUGUUACAAUAGAAUGGUUUUAAUUAAAGCAAUGGUAACUUUUUACUUUUCGACAAAGUUUAUAAAUAAAUAAUAUCUAUAACAUACAUUGAAUAUUAAACUGAAUAUUUAACAUGUAUAUUAGUAUUGACUAUAAUAACUUCUCAUAAUAUUAGAUUUCUGCUUUGUCAUUUCCAUAAAACUAUUCAAAAA